CCCAGUGUUUUGUUUGAGGCUGAGCAGCAGAGGAACAGAGUGACUGGGAGGAGAGACACAAAACUGAGACACUGUGACAUAGCUAACAGAUUGGGACGAGACGAAACACACAUUCAAUCUAACCACGAUGAUAAGGAGGGAGAGCAACAGACGGAAGACACCACUACAAACUAAAGGAACAUUAGUGACAUGUGUGAGUAAAUAGGAGCCUGGAAAAAUGGUAGCAGCUCUGUUUGUAUGAUGCCUGAUAAAAUGGCAUCAUGCUGGCCCUACAUCCUAGUUUUUCACCUUCUCUUACUAUAUUCAGAACGAAAGACACUGGGAUGUCCUGCCCGUUGUGAAUGCACACCCCAGAUCCGGUCAGUUAUAUGUCACCGUAAGCGCCUCUCUUCCAUACCAGAGGGAAUCCCCUCUGAAACAAAACUCUUGGACCUCAGCAAGAAUCGCAUUCGCUGCCUGAAUCCUGGUGAACUUUCCUCAUAUCCAGAGCUGGAAGAAGUAGACCUUAGUGAAAAUAUUAUCUCAGUAAUAGAACCAGGCGCUUUUGCCAAUUUGUUUUACCUUCAAACCCUCAAACUGAAAGGAAACCAGUUAAAACUUAUUCCAAUUGGAGUAUUCAACAAACUUAGCAACCUAACUUUGUUGGAUAUUAGUGAAAAUAAAAUUGUCAUUCUGUUGGAUUUCAUGUUUCAGGAUCUACGGAAUUUGAAAAGUCUUGAAGUUGGGGACAAUGAACUGUUGUACAUUUCACAGAAAGCCUUUUCUGGACUUGUAGGUCUUGAGCAACUGACUAUUGAAAAAUGCAACCUAACCUCUAUAUCUUCUGACUCACUGUCUUACUUGCAAGGUCUUGAGGUCCUGAAGCUGCGUCACUUGAGCAUUAGCUCUUUGGAGGAUCAGAACUUCCAUAAGCUUUACAGCCUCAAAGAACUAGAAAUUGACUGCUGGCCAUUUUUAGAAGACGUCUGCCCAACUGCUUUCCAAGGAUUGAAUCUCACUUCCAUUUCCAUUACCUAUACUAAUAUUACCUCAGUGCCAGCAGCUGCUCUAAAAAGUCUUACUUACCUGGAAUAUCUCAACCUUUCCUACAAUCCUAUUCGAGUUAUUCAACGGGGUUCAUUUAGAGACCUUAUCAGGCUCAGGGAGCUCCACAUUGUUGGGACGUCUUUAACCAUUGUGGAAUCUCAAGCAUUUUAUGGCUUGAGACAGAUUCGUCUACUAAAUGUGUCCAAUAAUCUCCUGUCUACACUGGAGGAGAGCACUUUCCAAUCAGUCAACACUCUAGAAACGUUGCGAGUGGAUUCUAACCCUCUUGCCUGUGACUGCCGUCUACUAUGGAUUUUACAACGAAGAAAGACCUUAAAUUUUGAUGGCCAUCAGCCUGUCUGUGCUUCCCCCACUGAAAUCCAAGGCAAUGCUUUGUGUGACUUUCCAGAUUCAAUACUUUUUGAGUAUUUCACAUGCCAAAAGCCCAAAAUAAGGGACCGAAAGCUCCAACACAUCACAGCUCAUGAAGGACAACCUGUAUCAUUUCACUGUAAGGCAGAUGGGGAGCCUGUUCCACUCAUUGUCUGGGUUUCACCACAACGAAGGAUGAUCACCAGCAGGAGUGUAGGGAGAACUACUGUCCUACCAGAGGGUACCCUUGAAAUAAGAUAUGCUCAGGUACAAGACAGUGGAACCUAUAUCUGUAUUGCCACUAAUGCGGGAGGCAAUGACACUUACUUUGCUACAUUGACUGUAAAAGGGGACAACUCACCAUAUUCCAAUCGAACAGUGUAUCUCGCAGAAUAUAAUGAUACCUCCCAUAAUGACACCCACGUUUUCUUGAAAUUUACCUUUGACCUCAAAACAAUCUUGGUUUCAACAGCCAUGGGCUGCAUUACCUUUCUGGGGGUUGUUCUUUUUUGUUUUCUACUACUCUUUGUAUGGAGCAGAGGAAGAGGGCAACAUAAAAAUAACUUUUCAGUUGAGUAUUCCUUCCGUAAAGUUGAUGGACCUGUCUCUGUGGCUGGUCAGGGCGGAGCCAGGAAAUUCAAUAUGAAAAUGAUAUGAGACUAGAGGAGUUAAUUUACAAUGGCUGGACACUGUGCUGGUUUGCUUAUUAAAUGUAGUCAGUUGAAAGAGUACCUCAUGUAUUAGCAUACAUUAUCAAAUAUUACAUCAUUGUUAUUCUAUUGACAUAAUAUCAUUGAAAAGGGCUAUGGACUGGCUCUAGCUGAGUGGGUUGCACUGACCAGCUAAACUCAUGUAAUCUGUAUGAUGGAGCAAAGUUGGUUUCAACGGCAAAACUCACUUUUCCAGAAGAUUAGUGCCUCUCCCUUUCUUUCCAGAAGGUGCAACAAACGGUUAGACAAUUACUUUAUAUUCAUUAACAAAAUAAAAAUGAUAGAGAGCUAUUUAAUUUAACGCAAUAGCCACAAUAUGCCCUUCCUUAAGUGGAACAUCGCCGAUUGCAGCAUCACUACUUUCUCCUUGCUCAUCACAGAGGUACGCAAAAAAAAUAGCAAUGUUGAGGGUAUUAUAUAUGGCAGAUGUGUGCGCAGCCUAGCAUUGCAGCGAUACACAUCCCACUAAAUUGAAUGAGCCCCGUAAAAUGCCAAGCUCAUAAAUCUUAAAUAACGAAUGAUAUAGAGAUAUGGAAGCCAAGUAAUUUAGGAAACAAUACAAUAAAGCAGGCAAAAGUUUAUAGCUGACAAAUCAAAUUCCACCGCCCAGUACAUUAACACACCUCUAUAAAAUGUUCUGAUUCAUAUAUAAUACAUAUGGAAAAAUGAAAGUCAAUAAUGGAAAUUAUUUAGGGGAAUUAUAAAAGGCUUAGAACAAUGUUUAUGCUGUUAUUAAAAGUAUUAGGACUUAUUGUAUCACAGAAUAUUAGGGUUAUAUUCUGGAAUGACAAAUACAUCCACACAUAGAUUAGUAGCAACUUGAAAGAGAUAUGCAGAAAAAAAAAAUCUGUUAUAUACAUACAAAACAACACUUAAAAUAGGGGUUAGAAAAAUGUAGGUAGUUAUACAGACACAGUACCUUCAUACGGACCUGCCGGCUGUACUUACGGUUGGGAUGCCGGCUGUCAGAACUCAGGCUUCGGUCUCCUGCCCACUUCAGAGUUCUGGCGUCGGGAUUACGGCUGCCGGGAUCCCAACAGCUGGCGUCUAGACCGCAUCCACUUUCAUACACCUGCCCUACUAAAUACACAAAGUAUUUAAUUUGUGGUAAUGCAUAAUUCGUGAGAUAUUUUUUCUUAUUUUGCCACACCCAUCAGUGACCCAUACCACUAUGAAUAAAAAAGCCUUUUUCUUAAAGGGGGAACGUUACAUACUCUUGAAACAAGGUCAUUAGCGUUUGGGCUGUUAUAACCCUACAUUGUAUUACACACAGCCAGUCGGGUUUAACUGAUGAAAAUAUUCAAGUGUCAUGUUUAAAUAAAGCUUCUCACUAACUAGUGUCAUAAGCCGUGUUUUGCUCUAGUGGGUAACCACCCAGUACUUACCAAAAAAUACAUAAUUUAUAUAUUUCCCAUAGUUUAUGUGACCAACUCCACCUUAGGAGUUAACUGUCCCAUUGACCCUUUACCAACAAAAUAAAAAAAAACUAACAAAAUAGUAAUCUGGCUUACAAUGGAUUUAUGCAGAGCAGUACCAGGAUAAAGUCCAUGGGCCUAGGUUGUUGUACAUGUACAGUAUCAAGUUCAGCAUGGCAUUUCAACACACUGUGGAACUGUGUAUGUAAUAACUGCAAUGCAAUUACUAUGCAACCAUAUCUGCUUUAGCUUUUAUACAAGAUUUGCCUGAAAUACAUUCCCAGUAUUGAUUCUAUAAUUCCCUUGUAAUGAUUUUCUCUUACCUUUACGUGACUGUUAUUGUCCUGAUUAAAUCAUCUGUCUGUAUUAAACAAUGAUAUUUCCCUCCAAAGAGUCCCUAGCAUACACAGGCCUAUAAAGCAUGUAAAGUAUAAGGAAAAUAUGUAGAUUAUAGUGUUCUGUAGAAUAGCAAAAGCAAACAAAUAAUUUUGUACUGUAAAUGAGUGUGUAUUUAUACUAUAAGUAUGUGUGCGAUGUAAAAUCUGUUAUUUUAUCUAGAGAAUCAUUGUAACUGGAUUACCAGGCUCUUUGCUGAGUUAUCCUCUUUAUGUAAUUAAUGACCAGGUCUCUAUGCUACUCACUCUGUGUAGACACAAUUUUGGCACAUUAGAUUAUGCAUGCCAUUAUACGUGAUAACUUGCUGUCUUUUUCCAUUCAUUUCAGCAAUAUUGAUGGUGUAUAUAUAUAUAUAUAUAUAUAUAUAUAUAUAUAUAUUCCUUUGCAUGACAUGAAAUCAGCAACUGCAACUGUAAGCUGUAAAAAUGCAGUUUAUCAAGCAUAAGUAAUAGGUUAGUAAAGUAAUAGGUUUUAACAUAUGCUGUUAGCAUAUGUUUUAAAGUAGAACUGGGCAAACCCCAGACAGCAUAUAACAUUAAUUAGCAAUAUACAGCUUGUGCAUAAUAUUUAGAGGUACCUUCCACAUACUUUACUGACUGCAUCCUGCAGUCUACAAAAUAUUAUUGGCCUCUUAUUUAACAGAAACAUGUCCCAUGGUUUUUCACUACAAGAGCUUUUUAUUUGCUGCCUAAAUGUUCAUGGGGAUACACCAAAUCCCAUUAUAAAGUAUUAUUUAUUAGGCUGCAUGGAGGACCUCAAAUAUAUUGAGUUUAUUAUAUCCAUGGCUACAUAAUAUGUUUAUUACAAUACCCUACAAUUAUAGAUUAUUAUCUGUUCCCUUAUUGGUUGAUCUGAUAGGUAAACGUGAAUCAUGAUACCGGAACUAGAGCUAUAAAUAGUGGCUACCUUAGUUCCAGUUGAACAGCAUAUCUCUGCAGAGUGAAUACAGUAUUACAUCUUGCUGUCCUAUGUAAAUAUGUAGGAGUUUAUCCUGCCGCUUCUGACUGUGUUUAUGCUCGAUAUUUAAAAGAGCAAUGGUUUUACUAGCAAGACAUGGCUAGUAAAAGCAUUGCUCUUUUAAAUAUCAUCCAUAAACACGCUCAGAAGUGCAGGGGUUUUCCAACCCUGUAAUGUAUAUGGUCUUUUUGUGCUACGGCAUACACAAAUCAUAAGCACUAGCAUGCACAGACAUUUUUUUUUUUUACUUUUUAAAAGAAAUUAUACCUUAAAAACAUACACCAAUACAAGCUUAUAGGUGUGAACAAAUACAGUACAUACAGAGAGUACAAACAGGCACAUACAUUUGGGACACAUUUACAGCGCCAAUCUUUGUCACCGUUUUUAUUAUUAUUAUUUUAUUAUUUUCUAUCAUACCCAGCAAAACUGGGUCACUUUUUCUAGUAACUACUAGAGCUUUUAUGAAACUGUAUGAAAUUCUAACAUUAAAAGACUUUUUUUACUGGCAGUCUGAGGUAAACUGCAUUAGAACACAAUUUUAAGAAGUUUUGAAUAGUAAAUUAGUAAGACUUUACAGCAAGGAAAAGAAAAGUACUCCAUUUGUUAGGUGCACUCAUCCUACUAUUGUAGUGAUAAAACAUGUUUAUUAUUAUAGUUUAAAAAGCAUAACUUCAUAGUGAAGUAAGAAGAACAAAGAACAAACACAUUAAUUAUACAUAUCAAAGUAAUGACAUGGUGAAACAGGACCAGAAUAGCAGUCCUUAUUGGUCUGGAUAGUCUGCAUCAAUACAUCAAUAGGGACAUCCUACCAUAUGGUACAAAUGUAUAAUAAUAUUUGAGCACAAGCUGAAAUAGGUAACGACUGGCCUAUAUUAUGAGGUCCGAUUCUAUGAUAACAAGACCUGUGUAAGAUAUUACUCAUGUAAUCCAAUCCAAACUAUGUAUUUUACAAAUUGUGAAAUAAAGGCAAAAAAUAAGAGAAAACAAAUUUCAAGGGGAAUGCCCCUGGCCUCUCUUAUGCCACUUUCAGACGGAACAUGAAAUUACCGAGUGAAGCAGUUCCACCCGGUAAUUUCAUGAAACACACGGGUCCUUUUUCUGUGUGAAAGGGUCAACCCGUGUUGUAAUUCCCGGGACUUCGACCAUGGAACUAUAUAUAUAUAGUAGUGCAAACAAAACAGGUAAGCAAACUAAAACUCUCUGAUUUAUCAUUCCCCCAGAGAAAUAUGCAUCCGCAAAUAAAUUCAUGGAAUAAUAAUGAAUCAUUACAACUUCAUAAUAUGAGGGAGAUUUAUCAAAGCUUAGGGAGAGACAAAGUACCAACCAAUCAGCUCUUAACUAUAAUUUUCCAAACACAGCAGCAACAUGGCAAUUAGGAGCUGAUUGGCUGGUACUUUAUCUCUCUCCACUAUAUAACUCUCCAAGGUUUAGUACAUCUCCCACCAAUAAUGCAAACCAAUGGUAACUAAAAGGUGAUAUAUUGAUUGAGGUUGUAUCCACAUAGAAACAUGGCCAGUUAUCCAUUUGUGAUUAGGAAUUCUGCUGAAACUGCCACUGCCAGUACCACUUAGAUUAAUACUAGGAUUUGUUUCACAACUGUGCAUUAAGAGCUAAACAUUUCAAUAUACAAAUAAAUAACUAUGGGGAGUGGGGACUAUGGGGGUCAUUCCGAGUUGUUCGCUCGGUAAAAAUCUUCGCAUCGCAGCGAUUUUCCGCUUAAUGCGCAUGCGCAAUGUCCGCACUGCGACUGCGCCAAGUAAAUUUGCUAUGCAGUUAGGAUUUUUACUCACGGCUUUUUCAUCGUUCUGGCGAUCGUAAUGUGAUUGACAGGAAAUGGGUGUUACUGGGCGGAAACAGGCCGUUUUAUGGGCGUGUGGGAAAAAACACUACCGUUUCCGGAAAAAACGCGGGAGUGGCCGGAGAAACGGAGGAGUGUCUGGGCGAACGCUGGGUGUGUUUGUGACGUCAAACCAGGAACGACAAGCAGUGAAAUGAUCGCAGAUGCCGAGUAAGUCUGAAGCUACUCAGAAACUGCUACGAGGUGUGUAAGACUGUAAUCGCAAUAUUGCGAAUACAUCGUUCGCAAUUUUAAGAUGCUAAGAUUCACUCCCAGUAGGCGGCGGCUUAGCGUGUGUAACUCUGCUAAAAUCCGCUUGCGAGCGAACAACUCGGAAUUACCCCCUAUGUGCAAACAUUAUUUUACAUUUUUUAUUCCUGAUCUCUUUCAAUCUUUCUAUUUUUACAGUGUUAAAAAGAGCACUGCAUAUCUUAGGAAAUAGUGGGCUGGGAAUUACAGAGCACACUGAGCUGUACAAAACCUUCAGAUGACUGUACUACAAGUCUACAACGCAGUUACUGCUGCAAUUAUUCUAGUUACUAAUGUGUAAUCCACAUGGCUGACGAGAUGUGGGAUUUUGCACAGAUACUCUUUCCCCGGGCAUGUUGGAGAGGCCCAACAGGGGCCCGUGUCCAUCCCGCUCCCCCUAACCUGCACCAGCACUUUGGGCAUGGAGAAACAGUGCUGGACUGUGGAGAGAGGCUGCUAUGGCAGCAGUCUGUUCUCUGUACCUGCAUGAUGUGCAGGGGAGGGGGAAGAGAGAGAUUUCUGAUUCUGCCCCUCUGAUCAUCCUGCCAUGAGCCACUGGUGCCCACAUGUGUAUAUUUUUGAUCCACUAGUAAGAAAGAGCAGGCCACACUUCCCCGAGUUGGCCACGCCCCCUGCAAGUACCAGGGCUUGGCAGAGCUGUUGGCAACCCUGGUGAUUCAACUUGCAGUAUUACUGCCACGGCUUCCAUGCUGAAGACAAGUUAGGGGACAGGCGGGGAGACGUGUGUUGUGUCAGUGUGUGUUGAAUAUUUUAUAGUGGACACACAGAGAAUAAGAAAAUCUGGUUUAAAUGCAAAGCUGUAAAGGACCUCUGCUUGUGACUGACUACAGGACGGAGCAGUUGCAGAUUUUGUUCCUGAAUAUAUUUAGCUCCAACCUCGGAUUUCUGAGUUUUACGGAUAAACAGGUUUUACUGUUAAUAGACAUUUACAGUAUAAUAAUUUAGUGUACAGCAACAGGGAAACGAGGUUAAUAAGUAUGUGAAAAUGUGCUCAAACAAGUCUCUUCCUUGAGUGAUAAAGGAGCCAUAGUUACUAGUUUACUAUCACUGCCAUAAAUGAUGCAUUCUCAGAUUGCAUCAUGCCAGUAAGACCCAAAUUAUAACUAUUUACACCAUAAACUCUCCAGGAUAGGUUGAGUCGCACCAACAACUUGUAUGUUUACGUUGUUAAAAAAUAUAUUUCUCUUGCUGUGAACAACUUUAAGAAGUUUUGUUCUUAACGGGUUUUCUCUGUGUCUUCCUGAAUAAAGAUGUGUUCAACAAAA